AUGGGGUGGUACACGUCGCUCAUCGUGCUCGUCGUCGCCGUCGCCGCGGCGGCCGUUCUCACGCCCGACGCCAUGGUGCCUACCAUACGGCCGCGGUGCCAAGCCCAGCGCUGCUCUGCUGUUUCCGUGGCUCUGAUGCGCUCGUCCUCAAACCUCCUUCCCUCCGGCCCCUUUACCCACUUCCAGCUACCAUACGGCCGCGGUGCCAAGCCCAACGUCCCCUUCCUCUCACCCACAGUGUUCGCAGCGCUACGGUUUGUGCACGUGCUGUGCUGCCCUGUGGCUCUGACGCUCUUCUCCUCAACCCUCUGUCCCUCCUCCCCGCUCCCCCAUGCAGCUGCCAUACCGCGCCAAGCCCAGCGCCCCCUUCCUCUCGCCCACGGCGUUCGCAGCGCUGCGCUUCGACCACCUGCCAUACCGCGCCAAACCCAACGCCCCCUUCCUCUCGCCGACAGCGUUGGCAGUGCUGCGCUUCGCCCACGUGCUGUGCUGCUCCGUGGCUCUGGGGCGUCGGUGUGGGUGACCUUCUUUGCUGGCGUCAUCAUGUUCCGCCACCUGCCCCGCCACACCUUUGGCAGCAUCCAGGGUCGUCUCUUCCCGGCCUACUUCCGCCUUAUGGCCCUCUCCUCUGCCCUCUCUGCCCUUGCUCUCAAACUCACUCUCAAACCCCGCCGCUGCUGCUGCCGCUGUCAUGCCCUCAUCGCCUCGUUCCCUACACAGAUCAUGCAGGGGAGGCAUGGCAUAGAGGAGCAGGGAGGAAUCAAGGAUGAGGCGGGCGACUUUUGGGACGUUUCAAAAGUUCUUCUAG